CUAAUACAAAUAUAUAAACAUAUGUAUUUUGCCCCUUCAAAGCUUUCGUCUUAUAUAUUACUCGGUCCAAAACAUCAGCAAGUAUCACUUCUUUGUAAUCCCUUCAAUUCUAUUCAGACACCACAAAUUUCCUGGUCAGAAGAUGGCUAGCUAUGGCACCGUGCAAAGGCCGUCCACCACCUCAACACCACCACCUCCACCAACUGCCACUGAUGAUCUCAAUCAGCGGAAGGACUCAACCGGAAAAAAGCGCAACGACUCCAAGCUCUUCUGCCUCUUCAACAUCCCCGCAACCCCAGAAGCAACUGCAGUUCGAAUCGUCAGAAACUUCAGUUAUUUCGGUUUGUAUUACACACUCUUCAUAUUGACAAUACUCUCUAUAACCCUAGUGCCUCAGCGCAAGGAUUCCCUAAUUUUCUUGACGGUAAUGCUGCCAGUGGGAUGCUUGUACCUCGUGCUGUUAAGGGUAGUACCUGAAUCUCUACUGCUGCACAAGACCGUCGAGAGGCUGGUGGUGCUGGUCUUGUUGGCCAUCGGGACGAUGAUUGAGCUCAUACUCACGGAUGCAGCCGUACAUUUGUUUGUGACUUUGGCAAGUGUGAUACCAAUUCUUUUGGUUCAUGCAGUUUUUAGGGUUAGAGAUGAUGCUUUUGUUGAGGAGGCUGGUGGUUUUGGUGAAUUCGUUCCCCUCACAACAACCGAUGAAUCCAAGUUGUCCGAAUCAGUUUGAUAAUUUUGGGGAUUUUAAUAGUAGUACUUGAGUUUGAUCAAGAAAGUUGUAGCUCUAUAGCUAAUAAGAGUGUUUAUCUUUACACCCGAUGUCCUUCCUUCAAAUUCCCGUUAUUCGCUUGUAACAAAAGAUUAUGGUAAGAGAUAUUUAUUUAAGACAA